CUUCCUAGAGCUGCUGCUGCUUCCAGACCACUCCAGAUAAUGGCGACAGCCAAGGUACUGAAGAUUGGUAAAAAACUCUAUGAGGGUAAAACAAAAGAAGUCUAUGAACUGCUGGAUAGUCCAGGAAAAGUCCUCCUGCAGUCCAAGGACCAGAUUACAGCAGGAAAUGCAGCCAGAAAGAAUCACCUUGAAGGAAAAGCUGCAAUCUCAAAUAAAAUUACCAGUUGUAUUUUUCAGCUGUUACAGGAAGCAGGUAUCAAAACUGCUUUCACCAGAAAAUGUGAAGAGACAGCUUUCAUUGCACCUAAGUGUGAAAUGAUUCCAAUUGAAUGGGUUUGUAGAAGAAUAGCAACUGGUUCUUUUCUCAAAAGAAAUCCUGGUGUCAAGGAAGGAUAUAAGUUCUACCCACCUAAAGUAGAGAUGUUUUUCAAGGAUGAUGCUAAUAUUGAUCCACAGUGGUCUGAGGAACAGCUAAUUGCUGCAAAUUUUUGCUUUGCUGGACUUGUUAUAGGCCAAACUGAAGUGGAUAUCAUGAGUCAUGCUACACAGGCUAUUUUUGAAAUACUGGAGAAAUCCUGGUUGCCCCAGAACUGUACACUGGUUGAUAUGAAGAUUGAAUUUGGUGAGGUAACCACCAAAGAAAUUGUUCUUGCUGAUGUUAUUGAUAAUGAUUGCUGGAGACUCUGGCCAUCAGGAGAUCGAAGCCAACAAAAAGACAAACAGUCGUAUCGUGACCUCAAGGAAGUAACUCCUGAAGGACUGCAGAUGGUAAAGAAAAAUUUUGAGUCUGCAGAAAGAGUAGAGUUGCUUCUGAAACCAGAAAGUCAGUGCAGGGUUGUAGUACUGAUGGGCUCAACCUCUGAUCUUAGUCACUGUGAAAAAAUUAAGAAGGCUUGUGGAAAUUUUGGCAUUCCCUGUGAUCUUAGGGUAACACCCGCCCAUAAAGGACCAGAUGAAACUCUGAGGAUUAAAGCUGAGUAUGAAGGGGAUGGCAUUCCUACUGUAUUUGUGGCAGUGGCAGGCAGAAGCAAUGGUUUAGGACCAGUGAUGUCUGGUAACACAGCAUAUCCAGUUAUCAGCUGUCCUCCCCUCACUCCAGACUGGGGAGCUCAGGAUGUGUGGUCUUCCAUUCAAUUACCCAGUGGUCUUGGCUGUUCAACCAUACUUUCUCCAGAAGGAUCAGCUCAGUUUGUGGCUCAGAUAUUUGGAUUAAACAACCAUAUGAUUUGGGCCAAACUGCGAGCAAGUAUAUUGAACACCUGGAUUUCCUUGAAGUAUGCUGACAAGAAAAUCAGAGAGGGCAAUUUAUAAGAAGGAACAUCAUUGCAUUUUUUAGGAGAAAAACUA